AUGCAGCUCCAUCACCUGCUUACCGGCUCCUAUACCAACACUACACUCUUUCUCCUCGCCUUCGACAGUGUCUCGAGGACGUUGAGCUUGAACUCGACAGUUCCGGGAUAUGGACUGCAUCAAUUUGUGACGAGCAAUUCCGCCAAGAAUCGUAUCUACGCAACUGCCAUGAGCGAGCCUCCGCGCUUAUUCUCUUGGAGUGUCGAUGAGAACUUCAAGUUCAAUCACCUCCACACGGUCAACAUUACUUCCUCCGCCUGCUACGUCUCGGACGACGGCCAGUACGCUUUCAGUGCUGGAGGACCUACCGCGCAUGUGCAUGCUCUUGACCAGGACGGGGGCAUAGAUCAGCUGGUUGACGAGAUCGAUCUUCUGCCAUCGGAGGAGAUUGAAAGAGUGGACAAAACCCGCAAUGCUGUCCUGUACGGAGCCCAUGCGUUCGAUGUCAAUGUCAACAAUAAAGCCUUCAUUCCUGAUCUUGGCAUGAAUUCCAUCUAUAUGUACGACAUUGCAGCAAAUGGGUCUGCAACGCUGCUAUCGAUCAACCUGAGCCCCACAGAAGGUCCACGCAAUACUUAUCCCAGUAAGGAUGGGAGGCUUCUCUAUGUCAUAACGGAACACUCGCAAUGGCUUGAUGUGUAUGAGAUUGGAAAUACCCAGCUGAAACACGUACAGCGCGGUAGUGCCAUACCAAACAACGUUCGCGGUGAAUUCACCUUCCGCAGUAAUACCGUCCAGCCGUCUCGAGAUGGAAGAUAUCUUUUCACCUCGAGCCGAAGCUGGAAUAGUCCAGGUGCAAAUGGAUAUGUCGCAGCCUUUGCGCUGAACGAAACAGGCUACCUGGUAGAAGAAGCAGCUCUAACCUUUUAUGAAGCCCCUGUCUCUCUCGGAUCCGCAGGUGGUCUUCGGGUUGCUCCGUGGACUGAUGAGACCAAUUGUGAUCCCAACGGCCUGACAGACUAUAUGUAUCUGAGUGAUACAUCAGAGGGCUGGAUGUUUAUUGUUGGCUGGACUCCGUCUAAUGCGUCCUUGGGCCUUAUCGCGUCGUAUCGGUACAUUGACAACACGUCACCAUACGAGGCUACCUGGCUAGAUUAG